GAUGUUUUUCUGAUUCUGAGUCUGGGUGAAACGUUCGCUGUUUUUCGUUUUAAACAGUCUAGCACGAGCUCUUGUAGAUAUCAUAUAACCUCAAGGAGAGAAGAUUCCAUCAGCAAAGGGAAAUCCUGAAACUUCCAACAAGCUCUUAACUCGGAGAUUGAAGAGAACGAGUAAUAUUUUCUUUAAAGAGAAGUAUCACUGCGAAUUUUCGAUCGCGAUGACGCGGCAUGCGAGGAAUUGCACCGCUGGUGCAGUAUACACGUAUCAUGAGAAGAAGAAGGACGCUGCAGCGUCAGGUUAUGGCACCAACACUCAACGAGUGGGCAAGGACUCCGUCAAAGAUUUCGACUGUUGUUGCCUGACUUUACAACCCUGCAGGAACCCAGUGAUGACGAAGGAUGGUUAUUUAUUUGAUAAAGAAGCGAUAUUGGAGUAUAUCUUGACUAAAAAAAUGGAAUACACGAGGAAGCUGAAGGAAUAUGAGAAGCAAAAGCAAAAGGAAGAGGAGCAAUCACAAGAACUGACAGCCAAUGAGGAGCUGAAAAAGCUUCAAAAUUUUCUAAAGGGUGAGAAAACUAUCGUGUCAAGCAGUCCCAGUACAACGGAUGGAGAUUCGGUCUCUAAUAUGAAGAAUGGCAAGGACAAGAUGUUACCGAGCUUCUGGAUACCCUCGAAGACACCAGGAGCAAAGGAAAUCUCCUUAAAGAAACCUGACAAGACCAUUUAUUGUCCUCUCAGUGGAAAGCCAUUGAAAGUGAAGGAUUUGAUUCCGAUAAAAUUCACAGUGGUCCAGGAUCCAGAUGAUAAGAGAUCGCUUAUCGUCAAACAGGCACGAUACAUGUGUCCUAUCACGCACGAUGUGUUGGGCAACAGUGUCCCUUGCGCCGUGAUAAAAACAACCGGUGACGUAGUCACAAUGGAAUGUGUGGAAAAACUGAUAAAAAAGGACUGGAUUAAUCCUUUAGAUAAUUCUAAAUUGACACCAUCUGAUAUCAUCCCUCUACAAAGGGGUGGCACUGGUUAUGCAUUCGUUAAUGAUUCAUUGGAAGGCAAACACGAAAGGCCGGUGUUACAAGCGUGAAGAGUAUCUCUCGCUCUAUUGUAUAUAAACGUUUUUAAUUUCGUUACGAAAAUACAAUUACUGUAAAUAUUUAAUCAGGUAUAAUUAAGUAUUAUUAUUUACAUAACACUUUCUAUAUAUACUUGCAUAAUGUGUACCAGAAUUAUUUUUAUUUAUAGUA